AUUCUCUAGGAUGAGCGCAUUCUGCCCCACGAUUCCCACAGCUGAUUGAAGCUUGCCCACCUCCUGUCCCGUUGCCGGGGCCGGGCAAUGUUUUCGUUUAGAACCGGUCCAGCCGGUAAAUUUCAUCGUUCAAUAAUCCGUAUGUGUAGGAAGCGCGAGAUUCAAGAUCAGCGUAAUACUGCACCAACAUUCAGUCAGGGGACUCCGUUGAGGCAAGAACUAGUUUUUCUCGUAGUAGCUGUGUGUGCGCGAUCGAUCCGCGGUGACCUUUCUUAUUGUUGUUGCGUCGUCUUUGUCGCCACUGCUGGAAUUCGUAGAACGAUUACGAAUUCCAUUCAAAAAAGCUUUGGUUCAGAAUAUCCGGGUUUCUGGCCGAGGAAGAUGAUUUCGGUCUGACUUCGGUGUUGCAGCGUAGAUCCUGUGAUUUUCGUGAUGAUGGACCGGAGCAUACCGACUCGGACAGUGACGACCGUGCUGCAGAUCGUAUGGUUCGGGGCAGCAAUUGCAUUUGCGACGAUCGACAAUGAUCGCUUCGAGGGCGAUAGCUGUUUACUGGCAGACGGUACCAACGGGACGUGUCGUCGAGAUUUGGAAUGUGAAUAUUUGAAAACCGUACCGCAGAAGUCGUGGAUCAAGUGCUCGUUUGAUAAGAAUGUGUCGAUCGUGUGCUGUCGCAAUCCUUCGCGGACUCGAUUCGACGUCAAAAGCCGAAGCGAACAAAUGUGCGAAAGUUUCGAUGAGUUCAACGAUGCAGAUGACCACAUCUUCGCUGGUACUUCAGCAGCACUUGACGAAUUUCCCUAUCUGGGUGCGUUGGCUUUCGAUAACGGAAAUGAAGUGGCCUUCCGUUGCGGUGCCAACCUUAUAUCGGAUCGGUACAUGCUGACGGCUGCUCACUGCUUGACAAUUGAGCAACCAGCGUUCGUUCGACUCGGGGUCGUGAACAUUACAUCCACCAGUAAAACGGAUCCUCCAGUCGAUAUAGGGGUCGAGAAAACGAUCUUGCAUCCAAACUAUCAAACUCGGCCUUUGGCAAAUGAUAUCGCGCUGAUCAAAUUGAACCGAACCGUGACGGAAGACUUUCUUAAACGGAUAUGUUUGUAUACGAAGUCCUCGGAUCCGGCGCCAGAUGUGCCUUUGACGAUUGCAGGCUGGGGCAGUACUGAGCAGGAUUGGGAGAUGUCCCCACUGUUGCUGAAGGCUAAGGCCACCACAUACGAGCGAGAGGUGUGCAACGCCAUUUUGGUCAACGAUAAAACCGACGAGAAGUCCUCUCGGCGGAGAAUAUUGAAGCUAAAUCCCGAUCAGCUUUGUGCCCUCGGGAGAAACGAGACCGGCGACAAUACGGGAGACACGUGCAUCGGAGACUCCGGUGGUCCGUUGGAGAUGACCAUUGGACGUCGAAGAUGGCUCGUCGGUUUGACGUCGACGGGGAAGCAUUGCGGUACGAGAUUUCCCGGCAUCUACACCAGGGUGUCGCAUUUUAUUGAUUGGAUCGAGUCGGAGGUGUGGCCGGAGAAGUGACGAGUCCUUGUUGGGUGACCUGCAUGAGUGGUAGGGUUAAGUGACUGUUAGGUGGACAAAGUAAAUUGAAUGUGAUCAAUAAAACAAUACAACUAUUAAAUUA